CGUACAUACUCCCGACACAGCAGGUUUCCUCAUCUUUUGUACCUCGCUCCCUCCAAGCGUCCCUUUCCCAAUCCCUCCUCUCCUCCUCCUCCCCCUACUCCCCCUGCUAGUCGGAACAAUACAGACGAGACGGACAGGCACACACACCAGACCCUUUUCGCGCCCGCCGAAGAUGCUCGAGGUGCUUGGCUCACCAACUCACACUUAAGUUUAGGCAAUACCGAAGCGAUGGCCGUGUAGCAGACCAUGUCGCGGCCUCCGUCUGCUCCUCCAUGUCCUCCCACUUCCUCUUCUCAUCUCCAUCGCCGACACUGCUCGCUUCCUGAUCGAAUUCCCGACUUUGCUCGGCCCGGUCGAGUCCCUUGCGGCGGUAUCUCGUUGGAUGCGAGUAUGCGAAGGGCACAGGCGCGGCGCUGAUCGAACCACCCCCACAACGGGUAGCCGAAUUCCAAUCGAGUCGAGAUCGGCUAGACUCUUCUCUCUCUCGCGUGCGCUCGGGAGAAUUGCCACAUCCCACCUUCUAUAGACGACGCUCUUAUCGUCAGCCAGGUGUCCGGCUCGCGGGGAUCCACGCGCGGCGGAUCGGUCAGCCGCGACGAUCACACCAAGCCACGAUAUUCGGCCGCUAAAUGGCAUCGGCCCAAAUGGCGUUCCCCUAUCUUUCGCGAACGAACACUAGUCAAUCCCUCUCCAAUGGCACCGCCGGCCACCACCGCUCCUCUCUCACCUCUUUUCUCUCCUCCCGCUCCGUCUCCCAGAUGUCUCACAGCUCGCGGCCUCCACGAUCCCCUCAGCCUCCCACGGUCGACGUCGACCGCACCUCCGACCCCAGUUCCAAGUCCAAGACCUCGUCGCUCGGGAGCCGCACCGCCGCGUCUUCCCAGCACUCCUCUCUCUCCGCCCCAAAGCGCCCUCCUAAUCCCAAUGCCCAGUCCUCGAGGAAGCUGCGCUCCCAGUAUCCGCGCGAGUCCACUGAGAACCAUGUCGAGUACAUCCUCGUCGCCUCCUUCGACAUCGACCGCGGCCCCGUCAUGGAGCAUCAGUAUCCCGUCGCGAUAACCGGAGACGAGCAUAUGUUGGCCGAGCUCAUGCUGCCGGACCAGGCCCAUUCGCGCACCCAGGAUUGGACCAUCUUCUUCUUGCACAAGGACACGAGCCAAGAGGAGGAUGACGAAGAGCGCAAGGACAAGGACGAGCGACGGCGGCGGAGAAAGGAAAAACGGGAGAAGGCCGCCAAGAACGCCAACGAUGGCGAUGACACGAACGACGAGGGGAGCAAGGACGAGGAUGACGAGGAUGACGACCUGGACGACUCUGACUCCUCGACCGAUUCCGAGCCGGAGGGUGGCGAGGGACCCCCGUUGAUAUACGUACUGAAUCUGGUCUACACCAAACACGACAAAUCCGUAAAAAGGGGUGCCGUAGUCAAGGCCAUGGCCAUAUGUACGCGGCACCCGUUUUUGCACAUCUACAAGCCCCUCCUAUUGCUUGCGCUCGAGGAAUACUAUAAAUCGCCCGUGCCGGGGACGUUAGCGUUACUCUAUGAGGCUGUCAAUAAUAUGGAUCUUUCCCUCAUGCCAAGGCUGAGCCUCCUCGAGAGGCACCUCCUGCAAGCUAGUAAUAAUGCAGAUCUCUUCGUCGAGAAAUUCGAGAGGAUGAUCGAGAUGCGCAUUGCCGAGGACAAGAGCGAGGGCGUGACCGCCAGUGAGCCGUUAGACGCCAGCAAAAGCCCCCCGAGAUCGCAGGGCAUAUCCCGCGCGGGCACUAAAGCCCACGUCGAAGGGCAAUCUGCGUAUUCGGUUCCCCGAGAUACUCACGAAUUUGAGAGCAGGGUCAUGUACAAGGGCAUACCAAUUCCUGUCAAGAUCCCGACGGCGAUUAUGCCCGAGACCGUCGGGGAUUUCUCUCUAAUCAAGUUGAUUCAGAUCUUUUCGGACCAGAAAGCUAUCCAACAGUUUCCCAUCCAACACCCCCACCUGACGACAAGUGGCGCCGGGACUCACCCCAUAAUAGUACUCGCUAAUGCGCUCCUCACCCAGAAGAGGAUUAUCUUUGUCGGACACAACAUGCCGUCGGGCGAGGUCGCGGAGGCGGUGCUGGCGGCAUGCGCCCUCGCGUCGGGAGGCAUAUUACAGGGAUUUACGAGACAUGCAUUCCCGUACACCGAUCUCACCAAGGUUGACGAUCUGCUCAAGGUCCCCGGGUUCAUCGCCGGAGUGACGAACCCGACAUUCGAGAACCAUCCGGAGUGGUGGGACCUGCUUUGCGAUCUAGCUUCCGGUAAGAUGACGAUCAGUAGCAAAAUCGAGUCCGCGCAAAUAACGGAGGGAUUGGUCUACUUCCAACAGCAGAACCCAAAUUUUGCCAACAUGGUUGGCAGUUCGUCCCACGCGGUCACGGAUCCGACCGGCGACAUGGUGUUCAUGAACGACAUAAUCAAAAGCAUUACGGCCAGACGCGGCGAGCGGGUUAUCCGCGCCAAGUGGCGAGACUGGGUCGUCAAGUUCACACGAAUAGCUGCCGCCUUUGAGGAGAGCGUUUACGGUGCUAGCGCCUUGUAUAUCGGAGGCGACGAGUACGAAACUGUCACGGGUGGACACGGAUACGUAUGGCCAGACGAGAAUGCCAAACAGAAGGAGCUCGCCGGUAACGUGUGCAGGAUCGAGGGUUGGAGGAAUACCCGAAGCUACUACAGCUAUAUCCAGGAUCUCGCGAAACUGUACACUGUGCGGCCGCUGAAAGGGCUGGACCUGCACCACAUGCACGACCGGUUACGGUCGCAGCGGCUAAGCCCGUCACAGAGCCGGGAGGUGUACCUGGCGUUGGCCAAGUACGUGCACUCGUACGACGAGAUCAACCUGCUGCUGUCAGUGGCGCCCGAAUCGCACGCGGGUCUGUUCUACAUCGCGCUGGGCCUGUUCCACAAGGAUCGGGAGGUGCGGCUGCGGGUAUCGGAGCUCGUCGAGCGCAUCAGUGAGCACGAGGCCGGGCAACACUGGUGGAAGGGCAUGAGCCGGUUUGAGAAGCUCGCCUUCCACCGCAUACGGCGCGAGGCCGAUGCCGAGGCCAAGAACAAGCUCGAAAAGGACGGAUCGAUCGCCGGGCCCGGCCCGAGCGCGGAGAAGAGGAUCAGCUAGCCCCCCCCCCAAUCGGCCUAAUCGGGUUGGCGGCGUCUCUCUCCCCUUAAGGAGAAGGAUAGAAAGGGGGGGAGCCGAAGGGCGGAACGAACGAGCGAACGAGCGAACGAAGUACACACAACGCGGGAGAAGGAAGCGGGUGUAGAGUAGGAGGACACGAGAGGGCGAGGAAGAAAGAAGAGGAGGAGGUCCAGACCUGACGGGGUUAUCUACCCUACCUAGUCAAACGGGGCAGGCAAAGCAGGCCAGGCUGGGGAUGGGGUGGCAGAGGGUUACGUGCUUAUUUUUUUGUCAUUCUUGUCCCGUUCACGUUCAAAGAUAUCCGCAACCGCGACUGCGAAACCUACGAGUGUUACAUAGCCCGAUAUAUACCAUCACGUAAUGUAAAUGAAUGACCACCACGU